UACUGUUACUGUUGCGCUGCAUUGAAGUGUUUUGUAUAUUAUAUACCGGAGUAAUAUCAAAAUCUUAAAAUAAAAUAUUUCCGCGAAGUUGAAUGUUUGGCUGUCGUGUGUAUUGAGUGGUGUUUUCUUAUUAUUUUGAAUUCCAUUUAGUUUAAUUGUAACGUAAAAUCAAAUUUAAAGUUUUAAACGAAUACAAUGAACCAAAAAAUGAUUUUCUUCUUCUGGUUCACCGUUGUCUGUGUCUUAUUUAAUUGUGCUGUGUCGGCUAUUCCAAAACCAGACGAGAAACGUGUGCUGGACAACGAUCACCUGUCACAUGCCAAGCAUUAUGAUAAUGAAGAACACAACAAACAAUACGAUCACGAAGCAUUCCUCGGCGAAGAUGAAGCAAAAACAUUCGAUGAACUGACACCAGAAGAGAGCCGCAGACGAUUGGGCAUAAUUGUCGACAAAAUUGACGAGAAUAAAGACUCGUUGAUCAAUUUGUCCGAGCUGAAGAAUUGGAUCCAAUUUACCCAGCGACGCUAUUUAGAAGAAGAUGUCGAUCGGCAAUGGAGACAGCAUAAUGUAAAUAAUUCGGACCAGGUUCAUUGGGAGAGUUACCGCAAAUCAGUAUAUGGAUUUAUGGACGAAAUGGAUCCAAAAGAUUUGGAUAAGGAAGGUGACACAUUUUCGUACAAAGCGAUGCUAACACGGGACAGACGUCGCUGGAGUGUUGCUGACCGCGAUGGUGAUGAUAAUUUAACCAAGAAAGAAUUCGCCGAAUUUCUUCAUCCGGAAGACAAUCCUCGCAUGCGUGAUAUCGUUGUGGCCGAAACGAUCGAAGACAUUGACAAAGACAACGAUGGUAAACUGUCAGUGGAUGAAUACAUUGGUGAUAUGUUCCGCGGUAGUGAGGAUGGUGAAGAGGAACCGGAUUGGGUGAAAAAUGAACGUGAAACGUUUUUGAAUUUUAGAGAUAAAGAUAAGGAUGGAUUCAUGAAUAUGGAAGAAGUCAAAGACUGGAUCAUCCCUCCAGACUUUGAUCAUGCUGAAGCUGAAGCUCGUCAUUUAAUUUAUGAGGCCGAUUCCAAUACUGAUGAAAUGUUGACAAAGGACGAGAUAAUGGACAAAUACGAUUUGUUUGUUGGCUCGCAGGCAACGGACUUUGGAGAAGCCCUAAAUCGACAUGAUGAAUUUUAGGGUGGCUAAUUGGCCGUGAACAAACUAACAUUCUAAAGAAUCUCUAUUGCUUCGAACAAACAAUCAAUUUAGAUGUUUUUUGCAUUUUACAAAUCUCGUUUAGUUAUACGUUAAGCUAAUGUCGUUUGCGUGUCUUUUUUUUAAAGAAAAUUCGAUUAACCUAGUUUAAUUACACUAAAAAGCGAAUUUUUCCUGUUAAUUUAUUGGUUUCGAUUCGACAGCGAAUACUCAAAAUUUCAAAAAAUAUUUUUUACAUUUUGUGCCAAAGUACUAUAUUUAAGGAAACUACUGAGAUGUCGUAAAGAUUUAUAUUUUAAUAAAAUUGUUUAAUUCAAUUUGUG